AUGAUACGGAAUACCGAUGCGUCGCAGGAUUCUACCUAUCUUACCUUGCACACGACAAGACUCUCGGAUGGAAGCCAGGUGGCUGCUGAACUAGACUUUGCAGAAUACAAUGUCACCUACGCCUCUAUCCGCAUGUCCGCACGCAUCAAUGGAGCCAGCGGCGCAGUCGCGGCCUUCUUCACAUACCACGAUGACACGUCCGAGUCGGAUAUAGAGAUACCAACAGGUUUAAAGGCUGACGAAGUGCACUACUCCAACCAGCCUACCACCGACCCUGAUACGGAUUUACCCGUCGACGGUGCAACAUUCAAUGUGUCAAUGGAGGACUACCAACCUACCUCGGACUGGAAUAACUACAGGUUGGACUGGGUACCCGGGAGAAGCGCGUGGUACAUGAACGGUGCGCAAUCGGCUGAUACCGAAGUUAACGUGCCCGACGCAGAGAGCAUGAUUAUCUUGAGCCUUUGGAGUAAUGGCGGCACCUUCUCGGGGCGUAUGGAUACCGGACAAGAGGCCUGGUUUGACAUUCAAUGGGUUGAGCUGCUCUUCAACACGAGUGCUAGCGUUAGCACUAAUACAGAUGGGACUGUAUGCUCGGUAGAGUCGUCGCCAGGCUCGCCGGUACCCAGUGGUUCGCGUAGCUUCCAGGAUCUGGUUGCUGGGGGUAUCUGGUGGGCCGUUAGCAUGGCUUCAGCUGUUAGCUUUCUGGUUUUCGUAUAA